AUGGCCAAGUGGCGCGGAGAGCAGGCUACACGUGACUUUUUACCCUUUGGAACAUCUGAAGGUGAUUUAGUCUUGCAGCAGGGUAAUGAUGAGCGUUCCAGCGGUCUGAAGCUCAAAAAGCCUUUGCAUUUCUACAACACUCAGUUCAGUGUUGUUUUCGUGGCCACCAAUGGCAUUCUGUCUCCUCAGCUUCCACCCAGUGAAUCUCAAUAUUUGGGCAGUAGCUUUCCCCUGAGCUUUCCAGCCAUUGUACCUUUUCUGGCUGAUAUUGACACGAGAGUGGGAAAGGGGGCCAUCUACUACCGCACAGAUGAUUCUGUAAGCAUGCUCAAUCAUGUGGAUGAGAUGAUUCACCAAGGUUUCCCUGAGUCCCACUUUAAGCCCACCCACAUGUUUAUAACUACAUGGGAUCAUGUUGCAUGUUUUAACAAAGAUUCUCUGACAGGACACUGGGUAAGCAGCUUUCAAGUAGUCUUGGCAGGAAAUUUGACAGACAGCUUUGCCAUUUUCCUGUAUCCGGUGGAUGGGCUGGAGUUCUCUGGGACUCUACAGAAUACUAGGGAGACGGAUCCAACACAGAGGAGAUGUUCCACGCCGUCUCCAUUUCAAAGGAAACCCCCAGGACACUCUUAUCAGGAAGGCAGCAUAGGUGUUCGGGGAUUGUGGAUCUUCCACAUUGGAAGCAGCCGUGUCCCGUUCCCGAGGGUGGUACGUGCUGUAGGGCCCAGCCACUCUCUUGCACAUGCCUUGCUGGGUGAUGGCACUGUGAACGCUUGCUCUACAACAACUGAUGAGGACUUUUACAUCCAUGAAGAUCACACCAGUAUUAUAGCAAUGCCUUCUUCUGUGGUCCAUCAAGAUGCCCAAGGGAUAACAUCAUCUGCACUACAUGAGUACAUGCUGGUUUCAGAGAAUGCUGGAUCUGAGAUGUUCUCCUACUUGCUGCAUCAGAACAUAGGUUUUCAGAGAUGUAUGCAUGGGCCAUGGACUGUACCAGACUUUCAGCAGCUGAAUGUGGAGCAUGCAAUGGUUAUGUACACAAACAAAGAAUCAUUUUGAGAAUCACACUGCAAUUUUAAAUGAAGCUGUUUGUCAGGUGAGCUUCCAGGGCUGGUAGAGGUGAACCCAUGCAGGUCCAGGAAACACUACUGUGACCCCAUGGCGCUGUGCUUGCCAGCAGAGGGGCUCCAAUACCACUGCCAGUGUGCUAUGGGCUUCAGAGGGGAUGGGAAGAACUGCUACGAUGUGGAUGAGUGUACAGAAGGCAUUAACUUUUGUGGUGCCCAUACAGAGUGUGUGAACAUGCCAGGAAGCCACCAUUGUCGUUGUGAAACAGGCUACGAGUUUGACUUUGACUGGCAGAUGUGCGUGGAUAUUGAUGAGUGUCUCCUACAACUGUGCCACCCAUUGGCCUCCUGUUCCAACACUCUGGGCUCCUUCCACUGUCAGUGCUGGCCAGGCUAUGAUGGGGACGGCUUCCUAUGCCAACCACAAAAUAAAUUCACCAUUUAUCAGCAAAUGGAGAGGGCAGAACCUGCUGUGGCUACUUGUGUUCAGCACAGACAGAAGCUGCAGGAGGCACUACACUACUGGGGAGAAGAGACCCUAUUGGAAGCGUACAUCCCCCAGUGUGACGCCCCUCUGGUACCAUGUGCUGAGAACCUGUGUGAGCGCUGGAGGACAGUGCUGUUAAGUCAUUAUGGUGGCAGGCCAUCCCCUCAGGACUAUAUGCCUCAGUGUGACACUCAUGGCCACUUCCUGUCCAUUCAGUGCUAUGGCAAUAGCAGUUAUUCCUGGUGUGUGGACCUGCAGGGAAGGGAGCUGAUGGGAACACGCUCACAUGAUGCUGUUAAACCAGCUUGCAUAUCUACUAAAGUCCUACCACUGGCAGAGUCAUUGGUGUAUCCAGUAAUAAAGUCCUCCCCUUCAGGACCAGCACUUCUGUAGGCCCAAGGUUCACAAAUUGGAGUUAUUCCUCUGGAUGACACUCACCCAGUCCAGGAAAAGUCAUCUGUGUUGCUGUCUCUACAGGACUCUGCUGUUAUUGGGAUUAGCUAUGACUACCAUGAAAAUACUCUGUACUGGAGUGAUGUGGCAAGACGUGCUAUUAGCAGAGUCAGCUUAGUGUUUGGAGCAGAGCCAGACACCAUUAUCCACACAGAUAUGGUCCAGCCAGAGGGUCUGGCAGUGGAUGUAGUCAACAAGCGAAUGUUUUGGGUGGACAGUGGGAUCGAGAUGGCUGAUCUGGAGGGCCGAAAUAGGAGAAUACUUUUUGAUUCUAAUAUUGCCAACCCCAGGGCCAUUAUAGUGGAUGCUACCAGUAGAACCCUGUUCUGGACUGACUGGGACCAUGAUUCCCCCAGAAUUGAGAGCUGCACACUAGAGGGACACCACAGGAGAGUCCUGGUGAAUGAGGGGCUUGGGCUGCCCAAUGCCCUGACCAUUGACCCUCUAACAAACCACCUGUGCUGGGCAGAUGCAGGAACAAAAAAACUGGAAUGCCUAGCUAUAGAUGGGACAAAGACAGUGAUUAACAACAGGCUUGAUUAUCCAUUCAGUCUGGCCAUUUAUAAUGGCCUCAUGUACUACACUGACUGGGAGAGGGAUGGAAUAUUGGUAAUAAACAAAGCCACUAACAAACAGACUGAUUAUAUUCCAGUCCAGAAAUCCCAUUUAUAUGGAAUUGGAUUCAUCCUGCCGCAGUGUUUGUAG